GAGAUAUCAGAAGAGAGAAAGAAACCGUCCCUGUUCAGGUCAAACCCAACACCCACCACCCGACACCCGACACCGAGACCGACACCUAAUUCUCGUCGGUAUUAUCUACCGUUUUGGGCCCAAUUAAUACUCAAUCUGAUUGUCCCUUUCCAGUAACCUUCAGCGACCGGUGGAGGCGGUGGCGGUUGUGGUGGAGGAGAAGUAACUUUUUCCGGUACUUCACCGGUGACCGGUAAAACAUAAACUGGACUUUGAUUAUGAAGAGGAACCCUAAUAACAAGCCUAAGAAUUCCGAUAACAAUACUAAUGGUUUUAUCCCAAAUUCUUUCAAGUUCAUUUCUUCUUGUAUCAAGACGGUGUCGUCUAAUGUACGGUCCGUCGGAGCAUCCGUCGCCGGAUCAAUCUCCGCCGACUCCAAUGAGCACCACAAAGACCAG